UAAGUUUCAUAUUUUUAUUAUAUUUUAUAUUCCGUUUAAAAUAUGUGCAUAAUUUUUCUUAUUAUGAUAGUUAUCAGCAUAUUUACGAGUAAAAAGUAUUCAUGUUCACUUUUAUCUCGAUUGAAAAAUCGGUAUGAAUACGUCUCACAAGGAAAUAAUGUGGAUUUAUUCACAGAAGAUUUAUACAAUUUUGAAUUCACAAUUGAUGAUAGAACUACCAUAAAAUCAACUUCAACAAAUAGCUUUAAUGAAAUAGAUGGCGCAAGGAAAGAAUUCUACAUUACUUUACAAAGUUCUAUUAUCAAUUUGACUGAAACGUACCGAAGACGAACUGAUGCUUUGCCUGGAUUUCAUAACAUUUACGACCGUAUUCCUUUUGUUCCUGCUGAGCCUUUUUUCUUAUCCAGACCAGUUAUAGAAACUUCUUCUAGCAAGCCUAGAAAGACUUGGCCAACAUAUUUCCUCAGAAAAACGCUGCCACAAAAGUUAGAAACAGGAAAAUCAGCCACAACUAAAACUAAUGUUACAUCAAAAAACAUUGAAAGAAAUUUUCCGCAUCAUGGGAUCACGCUGAUCACUGCAAGUCCUCCCAACAAUCCAACCCCUUCAACCUCUUCGAGUACUAUGAACACUCUGGCACCCUCGAGCAUUUUAACCCCUUUGAGCACUCUAGAAAACUCUACAAUCACUUCAAAUACUUCGGCAACGGCGACAACACCAACCACUACUAUGAAAAACAAAAAUAUGAAAAUUUCAUAUUGCUACAGAUGCGGCCUCAAUGAAUCUGGAAUUCCUUCGGCCUACUGUUACAAUUCCUUUGAAGGAAGUGACAGAAGUUAUGGCAGAAAGCAUUUAUUCGAGAUAAAAUGCGUUCGCGAUGAAAGAGUGAGGGAAGACAAAAAAAUUGCAUAUGGUCCGCUGUACAGGAAAGGCUGUUUCAAAAGAUUUCUAGAUGUGGGUAUAGUAUACAAUGAAAGGGGUUGUAGGACGAUAGUACCUACUAGGGGAAAAAGUUAUGCAUCGAAACGUUUCGCGAGCAUGGAAUAUUUACUGAAGGACGUAAACGAUGGCUGUGUAUUUAGCCCUCACUCAUCAAUCACUCCAUUUAGUCGAACAAUUUCUCUUUUUGCUCGCUACCACGUAUGCGUAUGCAGUCAAAAAUACUGUAACAGAGCCGAUCCGAUCAAACAGAACCUCAUCGAGCUUUUUAUUUUGAUAAUUAUUUAUAAAAGGCAAGGAUGUAGACGGAAAGAUAAUUGCUUAGACAUACAAACAGGUCGGCGGCAGUGGGCGAGUGUAUCUUUCUCUGAAUUCGAUUAA